GCUGCUUUUAUCAACCAAUGAAAUAUUUCCCUGACAGGUCCCAAAAUAUUCCGGGGCCAAUGGAGGGGGCAAGCCCACGAUGCCUCCCUCCGCUGCUCCCGGGAGAGGCGCAGGCGGGCGGGAGCUCAGCGGGGACUUGGGCUGCAGCCAGCUCCGGCCUGGCACUUGCGCGCGCGCGUCACUGUCAGGGUUUGUCUGGCGACGCGUUCCCUACCUAACAGGGGUGUGUUGGGGGGAGUCCUCUUUCCGACUUUCGAAAUGGUUAUCAAAGUGUUUGUUGCUACAUCUUCUGGGUCCAUAGCGAUUAGGAAGAAACAGCAAGAAGUCGUGGGCUUUUUGGAAGCUAAUAAAAUCGACUUUAAGGAAUUAGAUAUAGCUGGAGAUGAAGACAAUAGGAAGUGGAUGAGAGAGAAUGUCCCUGGAGAGAAAAAACCUCAAAAUGGGAUCCCUUUGCCACCCCAGAUCUUCAACGAAGAGCAGUAUUGCGGGGAUUUUGACUCUUUCUUCUCUGCAAAAGAAGAGAAUAUUAUUUAUUCGUUCCUUGGUUUGGCUCCCCCUCCAGGCUCAAAGGUGGAAAAGUCGCCCGAGGAAGCAUCUUCCCUUCCCAAUGGUGAUGGAGCAGGAGAGGAAGAGAGCACCACAGAGGGCACAGAGAAGGGUGGAGACAGCGGAGAGAAUGAGGCACAGAAAGCGGAUGGGGAAGAUGCCGGCAACCUCCCUGGACCCCAGAAGGAAGAAGAGGGAGAGACAGCAACAGAAGAGGUAGCUACAGAAUUCCGGGGCUGAAGCCCCUGCUUGUUACAGGGUGCGAGCUGCGUCACGUUUACCUGGGAACAGAGAAAGAGCAUCCCAGGCACAGCCACCUGUCUCCCUUCCAGGAUGGGGUCUGUGCAUCUUGCCGGCGGCCAUGCCCCUUUCCAGAGCUGCAGGGCUGCCGACCUUCAGAGGGCCCAGUCCUUGGGCUCCAGGGCAUGGAGGGCGAUAGGAUUUCUAGAAAAGGUGUACCUUCGAGGCAAGGAAGAGUUUUGUUUUGCUUCCUCCUGUUGCUCUGUGUAACUUGCAUUUAAGGGAAGGCACAGCACGAGAUCUCUUAUCAGCAUUCUAUUAUCCAGACUCCUCUACCGAGCACUUGCACGUUCGGAGGGGACUGAAAAUUGAUGUUCAGAAUGAUGCCAAUAAAUUAUAACCUUAAAAAAAAAAUCACAAAGUUGGCUCUUGAUUCAUGCAAGAAAAUUAUUGCCGCCAGAGAUUUAGUCAUAAGUGCUCGAUAUUACAUUUUCAUUUAUUAAAUAUUAAUCAGAACAGUCCUGUGGAAACACUGGACUAUGGUGGAGUCGCUUUAGGUAUCUUUCACAAGUAAGCUUUUGCUGCUUGUAGCAAAAAUAAUUGCUACUCUUAACAGCUGGGUAAGUGCCACAUAAUUCAUACUUAUUAAGUGUUAAAGAGAUGAUAGGACCUGAUGAUAAUGGAGGGUAUGCUUAAAUAUUGUAAGGCUUAUAAAUAAGACAGGAUGUACGAAAACACCUGAAGACCAUUCAGUGGUAUAAAAGUAUCUGGCUUUACCAGAUAUUUGGCACGUGUCUGUGUGUAUGUUGCGUUAUUAUCAAUAUGGUCUUGCAACUUUUUUUGUUUGAGGUGGAGUUUAUUCUCUAGGGCAGUGAUGCUCACAGUUUUGCUCUAGGGCUAUAAGAGUUUUUUUUUAAAAAUUUAAAUUAAAACAAGUUUUGUUAGUGCCUCAUUGUCCAUAUGAUGCCUCCACUGAAAAAUGUCAGACAGAUCUUUUGGCUGUUUCUCUCGGGCAGCCAGGGAAGGUGAUAAUGAGGGAAUACGCACUCACGAGCACACAGUUAAGGUCUACGAUAACACUUGGUGUCUGUCCAGAUGGGGCAGAAGGAAGGAGAAGGAAGAAGGAUCCCUGGUGCUCUGUAGAUAUUGGCUAACAAAUAGCAAUGCUCUAUGCACCAAAGCCCAAUUUGAAUAGUAGGGACCUCCCUUCUUAAUAUGCUAAUAUAA